AUUCCAGUGGGACGACGUCGGCAUGAUGAACAAGACGGUGCUGCGAGUCUCGACGAUUCCGAAGCCGCCGUUCGUCAUCUACGACGAGCAGGCGAAUCACUUCGAUGGCAUGCUCAUCGAGCUACUCCACGAGCUGUCGCUGCGACUGGGAUUCGGCUACAAUCUAACCAUUCAAGAGGAUGGAAAAUACGGGCAUAUGGACGAUCAUGGCAAUUGGGACGGAUUGAUUGGCGAAUUGACGCGGGGCAACGCUGAUGUCGGUCUCGCUGCGUUCAGCGUCAUGACCGAAAGGAUGGGGGCUGUCGAUUUCACUGAAGCCGUUUACAAACCCACUGGUAUCUCUGUACUCAUGCUCAAGACUAAAUCUGUUACCUCGUUCUUCAGAUUCCUAACGAUUCUCGAGGCGGAGGUCUGGUGGUGUAUACUCGGCGCUUACCUGCUGACCAGCGUCUUGGUGUGGAUUUUCGACACCUGGUCGCCCUAUAGCUACCAGAACAACGUGCACUCGCGCAAGAACGAUAGGCAGAAACGCGUAUUCACGCUCAAGGAAUCGCUUUGGUUCAGCCUGACCUCGCUGACGCCGCAGGGCGGCGGGGAAGCCCCGAUAAAUCUGUCGGGUCGAAUCGUCGCCGCGACCUGGUGGCUCUUCGGUUUCAUCAUCGCCGCUUCGUACACCGCCAACUUGGCGGCUUUUUUCACCAUCAGCAAGUACGAGAAGACCAUCGAGAGCUUCGACGACUUGAUCAAUCAGUACAGAUACACUUACACCGUCAUCGAGAACUCAACGACCCACACGUACUUCCGCCGCAUGAACGACAUCGAGUACGACUUUUACGAAAAGUGGAAAGACAUGACGUUGAACAACAGCUUGACUGCACACGAAAGGGCACAGUUGGCGGUCUGGGAGUAUCCCCUGAGCGACAAGUUUAUUAAAAUUUAUUCGGCUGUGCAGCAUAACAAUAUGGUUCUUAAUUUAUCCCAGGCUCUGGCAAAGUUUGCCGAGGAGAAUUCUCGGUUUUCCCUUAUCACCGAGACAAUCGACGUGCAGUACCAAGUAUUGAUGGAUUGUCGAUUCCGUGAAAUCGGACCUGAAUUCUCGAAGAAACCAUUGGCUAUCGCUCUACCCAAGAAUUCCAUUUGGACUAAGAGAUUCAAUGACGCAAUACUCGAGUUGGUCAAAGAAAGCUGGUUGUUCUGGGCAACCAACCGCUGGUGGGAUGAAAAUCCAAAUCGCGUAUGGUGCAAUGAUUACACCAUCAAUACCGGCUUAUCAAUCGAGAAUAUCGGUGGACUUUUCGUAGUAAUUGGAGCGGGUAUAGUAAUCGCGAUAGCCACCUUGAUCUACGAGUUCUUCUACUUUAACUUCUGGCGCGAGAAAAUGAAGCGCUUUUACAACGAUAAUUUUAAGAAACUCGAUGCGAUAGUGUACUUCAAAACUAAAGUUCAGGGCAUUACUCAGAAGGUCCAGAAUCACUAACAAUAAACUUCUAUCUUUCUCUCUCGCUCUCUCCAUACUUGAUUUCCAAUUCUAAUUGCACCUAAGACCAAAGGACUUUAAUUCUGAUUCAGCUACAAUAAUGUAUUCGUGUCGCAGGAAGAGUGAAGAAAGUUCAAUAAAAUUUAUCCAUAAGAUAUAGUCUGCAUUAACUUUAUUUUUGUCGUUUCCAUCAUUUUUACAUUACAACCCAAUGUCUCUUGCCUUUCUCAUUAUUUUACAUUUUCACGUAAGAAAAUUUACACCACUUUUAUUUCUAAUUCACAAUUUCUCUGUUUGGCUUCACAUUAAUUUUAUUUGUAAAAAAGGAGAAGACUUGAAAAUGUACAAUUUGGGCCAUUUUUUGAAAAAAAAAAAAAAAAAAAAAAAAAAAAAAAAAAAAAAAAAAAAAAAAAGAUAUUAUUUUUUGCUAUUGAUUUCCGUUAUUGAUUUAUGUUUUUCUUUUGGUUUCAUCAAAAAUUACUCAAACAUUAAUGUUUCAAGCAGAAAUUGUUUUUUAUAUUAUAAUUGAUUUACGCUGGCAGAGUCUACAAUAGUGACACUGUUUACAAUUAAUUUUACCGAUUCGUAUCUCUUCUAUAAAAUAAUAAUCAUAAUUAAUUUGUUUCGGUAUUAUCACUUUGAAAAAACAAUCGUAUAAAGAAACUUUAUUUCGAUAAUUGUAUAAUAUAUAUGUAUGUUUAUAUAUAUAUAAAGUUUAUAUAUAUAUAAAGUUAUAU